CAAACAAGAAUGAUUAUUUAUUCAUUGUUUUGAAUUUGAUGACACAAAAAAGAAAAGAAAGUAUCAAAACUCAAAAGUGUGAAGAAAAAUGAAAAAAAGAGAAAAAAAACCAACAAAAAUGUCAUGUAGAUUUUCACCAUCAACACCAACAACAACAUCAAAAACAACAUGUGUUAUUGUUCUUCUUCAUGUGUUUGUUUCAUUCACCACACUAACCUUAACAUCAUCAACAACAUCAACAACAACGUUUGAUUCAACAACGUUGUUAAACAAUUUCAAACACUCCAACAUCAUUUCUGACCCAAAAAACUUCCUAUCAAAUUGGUCACUUUCAUCUUCCCCUUGUUACUGGCAAGGUAUCAUUUGUUCUAACUCCGGCGAAAUCACCACCGUUAACCUCACCGGAGCUUCACUUUCCGGCAACACUCUCAACCUUUUGACCUUCACUUCAAUACCUUCUUUACAACACCUUCUCUUACAUGGAAACUUUUUCAGCUCUUUUAACUUCACUGUUUCAAAUUCAAAGCCUUGUUCUCUUAUCACUCUUGAUAUUUCUUCAACCAAUUUCUCAGGAACUUUCCCUUUUGAAAAUCUUGUUUCUUGUUAUAGUCUUAGUUACAUGAACUUGUCUAUGAAUUUGAUAACUUCAUCAACAUCAAAAAAUCAUAGCUUUUUAGGGUUUGAUAAUGGUGGUUUUUCUUCUUUGGUUCAACUUGAUAUGUCUAGAAACAUGUUUUCUGAUGUUGAUUUUGUUGUGCAUGUUGUUACAAAGUUUGAAAGUUUGGUUUUUGUUAAUUUCUCUGAUAACAGAAUCUAUGGUGAAUUCAGUGAUUCUCUUGUUCCUUCUGUGAAUUUGGUAACUUUGGAUUUGUCUCAUAAUUUGUUGUUUGGGAAAUUACCCUCUAAGAUUGUUGGUGAUAGCGUUGAAAUUUUGGAUCUUUCAAGCAACAAUUUUUCUUUAGGGUUUUCUGAGUUUGAAUUUGGGGAUUGUAAGAAGCUUGUUUGGUUGAGUUUAUCUCACAAUGUGAUAUCUGAUUUUGAGUUUCCUGGAAGUUUGAGAAAUUGUCAAAAGAUGGAAAGUUUGGAUCUUUCUCGAAAUCGGUUUAAGAUGAAGAUUCCCGGUGUUGUUCUUGGCGAGUUGAGGAAUUUGAAGGAACUUUAUUUAGGGAAUAAUCAUUUUAAUGGAGAAAUACCUAAUGAGCUUGGAAGUGUUUGUGGGAGUUUGGAGAUUCUUGAUCUUUCUAUGAAUAAGCUUUCUGGUGAGUUUCCUUUGGUUUUUGAAAAUUGUUCAUCUUUGAAGAUUCUUAACUUAACUAAGAAUUAUCUCUAUGGUGAUUUCCUCGACACCGUUGUUCGCAAGCUUUCAAAUCUUAGGUAUCUGUCAGUGUCGUUCAACAACAUAACCGGGAAUGUUCCUUUGUCGAUUGUUGCAAACUGUACGCAACUUCAAGUUCUUGACUUAAGUGCCAACGGUUUCACCGGCAAUGUUCAUUCGAUAUUCUGUCCUUCGAAAUUGGAGAAGUUACUUAUAGCCGAUAAUUAUCUUUCGGGAAACGUGCCUGCGAAACUGGGUGAAUGCAAGAGUUUGAGGACUAUUGAUUUUAGCUUCAAUAAUUUGAGUGGUUCAAUACCUUUGGAAGUUUGGUUUUUGCCGAAUCUUUCUGAUUUGAUUAUGUGGGCUAAUAGUCUCACCGGCGAGAUUCCGGGGGGAAUUUGUGUCAAUGGAGGUAACCUCGAGACAUUGAUUCUUAACAACAAUUUCAUUUCUGGUUCGAUUCCUAAGUCUAUUGCGAGUUGUACCAACAUGAUUUGGGUUUCGCUAGCUAACAACCGCAUUACCGGAGAAAUACCUGUUGGUAUCGGGAAUCUGAACGAACUCGCUAUUCUCCAAUUAGGUAACAAUUUACUCGUUGGAAAUAUUCCUCCCGACAUCGGAAUGUGCAAGAGAUUAAUAUGGUUGGAUUUGACUAGCAAUAAUCUCACCGGUCCUAUUCCGUCCGAGCUCACGAACCAAGCUGGAUUGGUUGUUCCCGGGAGAGUUUCCGGUAAACAAUUUGUAUUUGUGAGAAAUGAAGGUGGAACUAAUUGCAGAGGCGCCGGAGGACUCGUCGAGUUUGAAGGUAUAAGAGUGGAGAGGCUUGAAAAUUUACCUAUGGUACACUCUUGUCCAUUAACAAGAAUAUAUUCUGGUUAUACAGUUUAUACUUUUACCAACAAUGGAAGCAUGAUAUACCUUGAUCUUUCCUACAAUUUCUUGUCAGGGACUAUUCCGGGAAGUUUCGGUACAAUGUCCUAUUUGCAGGUCUUAAAUCUAGGACACAAUCGGCUCGAUGGAAAAAUUCCAGAAACUUUCGGUCUUUUAAAAGCUAUUGGAGUUCUUGAUUUAUCACAUAAUAGCCUUCAAGGAUUCAUACCCGGAUCAUUACAAUCUCUAUCAUUUCUCAGUGAUUUCGAUGUGUCGAAUAAUAAUCUUGUCGGACAGAUUCCUUCUGGAGGUCAGUUGACAACUUUCCCGGCGUCUCGAUACGAAAACAACUCGGACCUUUGCGGUGUUCCGUUACCGCUAUGCAGUGCUUCAAAUCACUCGGUAGCUUAUAAUUCGAGGAAGAAGAAGACGCAAUCUAUUGCAGUUUUGGGUGUCAUUUCCGUCCUUUUCUUCCUCUUGUUUAUCGUUGUGGUUUUAUUGGCUUUAUACAGAGUUCGAAAGGUGCGGAAGAAGGACGAAUUGAGAGAAAAAUACAUGGAAAGUCUUCCAACUUCUGGUACCAAUAGUUGGAAGCUUUCCGGCUUUCGCGAGCCUUUGAGCAUCAAUGUUGCUACGUUUGAGAAGCCUUUGCGUAAGUUGACGUUCGCACAUCUUCUCGAGGCUACAAACGGUUUCAGCUCCGAAAGCUUGAUAGGUUCAGGGGGUUUUGGCGAAGUCUAUAAAGCUAAGAUGAAAGACGGUAGUGUCGUUGCAAUCAAGAAACUCAUUCAUGUCACAGGUCAGGGUGACAGAGAGUUCAUGGCCGAAAUGGAAACGAUCGGGAAGAUUAAGCACCGGAACCUUGUUCCGCUUCUUGGUUACUGUAAAGUCGGAGACGAGAGGCUCCUUGUUUACGAGUACAUGAAAUAUGGAAGUCUAGAAACUGUUCUACAUGAGAGAACCAAAAACUCAAAGCUUGCUUGGGAAACAAGAAAGAACAUCGCACUAGGAUCAGCAAGAGGUCUUGCAUUUCUUCAUCAUAGCUGCAUACCGCAUAUUAUACAUAGAGACAUGAAAUCCAGCAACAUUCUUCUCGACGAAAAUUUCGAGGCAAGAGUAUCGGAUUUCGGUAUGGCGAGAUUGGUUAACGCCCUCGACACACACCUCACAGUUAGCACGCUUGCAGGAACACCAGGCUAUGUACCACCGGAAUACUACCAGAGUUUCCGAUGCACGGCAAAAGGCGAUGUUUAUAGUUACGGUGUCAUAUUACUAGAACUUCUAUCAGGUAAGAGACCGAUCAACUCAUCCGAGUUCGGCGACGAUAACAAUCUUGUUGGAUGGUCAAAGAAGCUUUAUAGAGAGAGAAGAGUUAGUGAAAUACUUGAUCCUGAUUUGAUUUCGCAAACAUCUAGUGAAGGCGAGGCUCUUCAAUAUUUGAGAAUUGCUUUUGAAUGUUUGGAGGAAAGACCGUACCGGCGGCCGACGAUGAUACAAGUGAUGGCAAUGUUUAAAGAGCUUCAAGCUGUUGACACAGAUGAUGAUGAUAGUGUUGUUGAUGGUUUCUCUAUGAAAGACAAUGUGAUUGAUGAAGCAUGAGAAAAAAAAAGGAUUAUGUGUUGUUGAACUGAUUUUACUACACAUUUGUUUUUAUCAUUUUUGUUUUGAUGUACAAAUGACAUUUUCUUGAGGUUAUAGACAGUUUUUGGGUUACAAGA